AUGAAAGAAAAGAAGAUCCUACUGGUGGGGAAGCCUGGAAUUGGGAAAACCUUCUGUGUCCUCCAGUUACUGAAUCUGUGGGCUGAGAGCAACGAUGACGAUGCACUCUAUGUCUUUUAUUUCGAUGCAGAAAGAGUGCACCAAUUUAGAGACUCUGCAGAUCUGAGGUCCUUACUGUUCAGUUACUGUAAACCAAAGAGAACAAUUGAAGAUGAUCUUUUAAGAGAUAUUGAGAAUGGAAACGCCAAUGUGCUCAUCAUAUUUGAUAGUAUUGAUGAAAUACAGCAGACAUCCCAGGAUGAGAAGAUUGAAAGAGUUAUUGAUAGAAUAUUAAAAAAAUCUGAUUUGAAAAAAGCAAAGAUCAUUAUUACUGGUCGACCUUCUGUAGAAGACCAUGAGCUAUCAGACUGGGCAGACUGUAGAGUGGAAGUACGUGGAUUUGGUGAAAAAUCAAUUUCUGAAUAUUACAAGAGUACACUUGAAGGCCAACCCAUAUGUGAGGAAGUUGUGAUGUUAUACGCAUUCAUAGUCGUGUGCUACAUGUUGAGUGAAGGCCGCAUGAAGUCACAACAGAAAAUCUCCUCUGUGAGCACUCCAAGUACGGUCACUGAGCUCUAUGUGCACAUAUUCCGUCAUUGUGUCGGUCAGCACAUGUUAAAGAGGCCACAUUCUAAGAAGGCAAAGAUUGAUAAGUACACUGCAGACAAUAAAGAGGAGAUAAUGAUACUAGCCAAAAAAGCUUUCAAUGCCAUUUUGAGUAAAAGUGUCAAUCUAAUUGAUCGUCAUCUGGAAGAAACUCCUUAUCAAUCCAUCAAACGUUGUUUCUUAGGUUCCACCAGCAUUGACGAGACGCUUACCUCCAAAGAAACCUGCUUUGCCUUUCUCCAUAACACAAUGCAGGAGUUUUUUGCUGCUGUUUGGAUUUUGGAAAAUAAAAACGACAUCAGCGACAUAUUUCAUCGCAUCCUGACCGCGGGUGAAAGUCAUCUGAAGUAUGUGAUUUAUUUCCUAUGUGGACUUUUUGCCAAAAAGAAUUCCAAAUUAAUGUCAAAUUUAUUUCAGGAAAACCCCCCAAAAGCCAUCUCAGAGUCUGUAAUCCACAACGUAAUCGAGCUCAUUCAGUCAUCUGAAGAGGACAUUGGAGGAGAGGAACGGAUUUUGUUUGCUUGCCAGUGUUUAUAUGAGGCCCAGUCAACUAAGGCGUGUGCUCAAGUUUUGGAGGCCAUCGAUUUUGAGUUCUGUCUGGAGGACGAGCACAUUGACCCGCACCAGAGCCGUGCAGUGACCUACGUAGUGAACGAAGCAAUCAAGAGAGCG